AUGGCGCAUGAUGUUACACGAAGGGCCCUUAAGAUUCUUGAUGACGACAAGCUCGAUCGAGAGUGGGUCGUACGAAACAUGCUCGGUGAUAUGGCAGUUGGAUUUGGCUCGCGAGUCGUGCUGGAUACUCAACCCGUGUUUACGACGAUAAUCAUUCUGACCGGGUAUGCUUCAUCUUGUGUUUGUUUUGCUCUAUGCGUGCCUAACUGCUCUUCUCUUUGCAUUCGUCAAGGAUGGGCUGCUAAGACGUUUGUCGCAGCUGCUGUUUCAACGCGGAUGAAUAAGGAAGAUCUGACAAGAGAUGUCUUCCUGGCAUAUAGCAUACCAUAG